CUUGUUUACACUUCCUUUCUUCGUUUGCCGGCUUUCCCGGUGCAGAAGUCACUGACGAUAAACUGUAAUGAUCUGCACCACUAAGUUGUACUACUUGUACCACUCUUAUACUGCAAGUAAAGGAAUUAAACGACAAUGAUGACUCUGUGCUCCCUGACCGGAGCCCUGUAGUGGUCAAUCAUAACACAGACCAGUUUCAGGGGGUUGAGUACCCAACAAAGGUCCUUCGAGACGGAUAUAAUUGGCUACUGCAGAAAAUGUCAUCACAAGAUAAGUCAGCGUCUCUGCCCCUCCUGGAUGCUCAGGAGCGUCAGGAGAGGCGUCACCGCACCCCCAGACAUCUCGAAGACUACAUCCUUGCCUACCACCCUCAGUGACCUGCCCUUUCCUCCCACCCUACAGAGAGAGAGCCAGAGGAGCAGAGAGGAGCAGCAGCCGCUGUGGACAGCGGUCAAAUGGAUGCAGCUGCUCAUCUGGACAAACGUGUAGCCUCGCGCAGCCCCAGCUCAGGUGAACUGCUUAGCACUACUUCACUUAGAAAACUCAUUGAAUCCAUCUCCAGAAGCGAGAUGGAGGAGAACGCUGAAGUGGCCCAGCUCACCAAUAAGCUCCGUCAGUACGAAACCCGACAGCGUCGCCGCCAGGAGCUCUUGGAACACAUUACAUCAUUCCUAAUGGAAGAAGAGGUAGAUGAGGAUCAUAACAGAGGGAAGGGAGAUACACCCACACUACCAGCCUCAGUCCCUCACCCUCAUACAACUCCCAUCUCUCCAAACCAUUCUCCUCCUCCACCAGUAAAGCAAGCACACGACAUGGAGCCUCAGCCUGGCGGACACAUAAGAGCAUGUUUGUCUAUGGGACCAGAGAGGGAGACUAAGGUGAGAGACUACACCCCUGCAUCAGAAAGGGAGAGAACAAAUUCUGCAUUUACACCAGUACACCCAACCCCUUUAAAGUGUCCAUGCUCACCCCAUUCCACUCUCUCAUCUGGCAUGGUGACACCAACACUGGGUCAGCGGUACCCCACCAAGCCGGGCCAUCUGCAACUGCAGACCACUGUGCUACCUCACCUCUAUGAUGAUUCUGGACAAGGCCUCCAGCCCCAAGUACAACAGCAGCUAACUGCUACAGCCCCUGCCUACAAGCCCACCGCUGCAUCUUACAGUUAUCCUGCUGCACUGCACUAUAACCCACUACAAGAGACACCUCAGGCUUCAAGCUAUGGCCCACGUUACUAUGUUCCUGAGACUUUCCCAAUGGCACCACCUAAGCAUCCAUUAUCUGCUCCAGGAGUAGGUGGUUCACUUCUAGCUGUUCAGCCGCAGCUGCCAUCUAGUCAGACUGUGCCCCCAUUCAGCUAUGGCCCACCACCUCGCUCAGUAUAUGGUGUGCCGCAACCCAAAAUCCCAGACUUCUCCACAGACAGUGAAAAGGAGUUUGCUAAUUUGAGGCUGGCCCUAGAUAACUUGCUUGAGCCUCACCCGCAGCUGAAUGAGAAGUACAAAUAUCAUGUGCUACUUGAACAUCUCAAGCUGCCUGAGGCUCAGAUGGUCGGUCAGUCAUGCCGUCAUCACCCUUAUCCAUAUUCAGCAGCCAUGCAAGCUCUGCAGCUCCAGUAUGGUCAGCCACACCAGCUGGCACAAAGUGAGAUAGCAGCCAUUCUAACCACACCGGACGUGAAGCCAGGUGACGCCCGUACUUUCCAGAGCUUCGCCCUACGAGUCCACCUCUUGGUGAGUAUGCUGCUCUCCUUGGAGGGACCACGCGGUAUGGAGCUCAAUUGCUGCUCCCAUGUUGAUCGCUUACUCAGUAAGCUACCCAAGUAUCACAGAGACGGGUUUAUUGAAUAUCUGCAGCUGCAGGGAAAGCUCAACAGCACAAGCCUUAACCCCUACAACCUGCAGGACCUGAAUGGAUGGCUUCAGGUUAAAGCCCAGCAGCAGCGUCUGUCCAACCGAUUGGUGCAGCGCUACCAACAGGAGAAAUUUCUGAGUAAUGGGAAAGAGAAGACCCUGUCUAAGGGCGAAGGGCAAAGUGUAGCUGUAUAUCAUGGUGCAGAGCCCACACAACCCAGCGUCUCCAGUAAUCCCACACCAUCCAAUAAUAAGAGACAAUUCAAGACGCAUUGCCUCUUCUGUGACAGCAAGGAGCACUACAUUAGCCGCUGUCGCAACAUUAAAGAGCAGCCAGUGGCAGACCUGGUGAAGUGGCUAGGGGAAGGAAGGCGCUGUUGGAAGUGUGCACGAGCUCAUGCGCCUGAGUCAUGUAACCUCAAGAAACCCUGUGGCGAAUGCGGUGGCAUACACCUCCAGGUCCUACAUGAUGCAGCCCAACGUCACUCCAUAGAUCCACAGUCAAGGGCCUCGGAAAGUCAAGUCUAUCUGACACCCAGCAUUGCAUCGAGUACUCCUGUACUCCUGUAA